AUGUUGGAGAGUUACGUGCUUAUGAACACGGAGGCAUUUUACCUUCGUGUUGGGCAACAGAUGUCGACCAACGUCGCACAGUCCCCUUCGAAAGAUGUGGUUCUGAGGGAUCAAACCCCGGUGUCGCCGGCUACAAGACUUCUGCCAGUCCCGAGAUUGUGGGAGCGAAACAGCGCGCCAGGAACUCACAUCAUCCUCCUAUUCUGUGCCGUGGCGCUGUUCACUGCCGCCGCGUCCGCAUCGCUCCUCGGCCCGGCGGGAUCAUUCCUCCCACUGGCACGCGAUAGUGGCGGCAGCCACGUUCCUCUCGCUUCAACCACUCAGGCAGCCACGCCCCAGCAAUCGCAGAAACUCCCGAAGUAUGUGGCCAAGUUGCGACCAACUAAGAUAAAUAAAAAGGUCGUGGGUGACAAAGGCGCACGGGGGAAAUUUGUCAUGAAGAAUAUAAGGUCCGGUACAGAUACAUACACCCAAAUUUUCGCAAUCUAUCGGAACCUCAAGUCUGAAGGAGCUUCGCCUUUAGAUAUUCAAGGAGGUUCCUGCCUUGUUACCACCGGUAGUCCUAUCCUUCCUGACUACGUACGACCUUAUACAAAUCUCACCACCAGGAGCAGUCGUCCUGGACGCUACUCGUUCGGAUACAAGCUGACGAUUGGGCCCUUACCGGCUUCGGAUUUGAAUUAUAUUAUUGCACAAGUAUUGUCUAAGGGGGGAUAUACCAGAGUGCAGCAUGGAGAAAAGCAGGUGGGGCUCUGCGGGAAAUUAAAGAAGAAAGCGUAG